AUGCUUGGGGACACUCGCUCAUGCGGCCGCUUAUGGCACCAGUCUAGAACGACUGGUGACGAACACAUUUGUCUGACUUGUCAGAACUCUGUCAGGGCGAGGCGUUCACAUGCACUCGUUUCAUUUCGACACCAUCUCGGUCUUUGCGGCAAGCGUGUCUCUCGAGACCGAGCAGCCCAGCCUCCCGAUAUCCUCGAGAAGGGCCCCCACGCCCGGUUCUGCUCGGCACAACCCAACAUCCCCGCCGCCCCCCGUGACCCCCGAUAUUUCCGAUCCGACCCUCCUGGCGUCGUCACUCCGGAGGCGAACGGGAGCCUAGAAACAAAUUACACAGCAGUCAGCACAAAGUACCUCGGUUACGAGGCAUUUCACUGCACUUUCAGGCUUGCUUGCAAGCCGGCGCAAACAUGGAAACAGGCACUAGUUACCUUUGUUGCAGGCAUCUAG